AUGGUUCUAGUUGUAUUCGAUUUUGAUCAUACAAUAGUCGAUGCUAAUUCAGAUAUUCAUGUUAAUAAACUGUUCCCAUCAGCUGAAGCACUCGAUACUGCCGAAAAAAAUCGUGCACAAUUCGACUGUUGGACGGAUCGUAUGCAAGAAACAUUUCGUGAAUUACAUAAAUAUAAUAUCAAAGAAAUUGAUUAUAUAAAAAAUAUGCAAGAAAUGACAAUAACAAAUGGUUUUUCUCAUUUAAUUCAAUAUUUAUCUUCAUUACCAAAUAGUCAUUUAAUUGUUGUCAGUGACUCAAAUCUUGUUUUUAUUAAAGCAAUUUUAAAGCAUAAUCAUCUUGAUCAUGCCUUUAAAGAUAUAUUUACUAAUCCGGCUUAUUUUAAUAAAGAUGAUCAAUGUUUAAUAAUAGAACAAUAUGGUCAACAAACAUGUUCGACAUGUCCCUUGAAUAUGUGCAAAAGAGAAAUAGUUGACAGAUAUCUUCGAACGAAAUUUUCAGAACGAGUUCCCGUUCUAUUUAUUGGCGACGGACAUAAUGAUAUAUGCGCAGCGAAUAGUCUGAAAAAAGGUGAUCUUGUUUGUGCUCGAAGUGGCUAUCGAAUGGCUAAAGAAUUAAAGAAACAAGCAGCAUCAAACGAGAAAAAACUUGAAGCAGACUUUUUCGAAUGGAACGAUGGACAAGCAAUUGAAGACUUCGUUAAAGAAAAUUGGCUGAACAAGUUUUAG